CCUUGUUGCCUCCCUCAGGUCUCAUCAUCGCCCGGCGGUCGUCGCUGCGUUGCCGUGGCGAUGUUCCAUCGCAGGAAAAAGAAGCGUAGGCCGCAGAUCUCUGCGCCGCAGGAUUUUCAGCACAGAGUCCACACGUCGUACGAUGCAGCCACCGGACGCUACGUGGGUCUGCCACCACAGUGGCAGAGCGUCAUUGACACGCUGAGGAGGCCACGCCCCCUGGUGGACCCCUCGAGGGUCACCGAGGUCGAGCUAAGAAAGACGAUAGUUCGGGGUAGUUUCAUCGGUCAUGAGGACUACAUUUCCCACGUCAUCUCUGAGAUGAGCCGUCUCUCCGUCACAAGCUCCAACUCUCUUCGCCGGAGCAGCCCAUCGGCUCGGAAACGGGCGCGCUCUCUAGGGCGCCUGGGAGAACUGGUGGAGAACGAGACGUACCAGUACGAGGAGCUCGUUAAACAUGGUGCCAAGACGAGUAGGAGCUCCACCUACUGGCAGGACAGGAUACGACAGGUCCGCAGCGAGAGCGGCAGCCCCAAACUGAAUGGGUACCUGCAGAGAGCCAAGUCCACCUGCGAGGUGGGGACUGAGGCCACGCCCCCCACACCUCAGACAACAGGUGCAACGGGUGGUCUGUGCGCAGGGGCAUCGCUUAAGCAGAGGCCGACUUCCUGUCAGGUCAGCAAGCGGACUGUGGAGGCCGGCAGAGCUCACCUGAGACAGAAAGCAGCUGAACUGCCCGACCUGCUGUCCACCUCCAGAGAAACUCCCAGAAGGCCUCACUCCACCUACGACCUCAAGCUCCCCUCCUCCUCACCCCCCCUCCUGCUGCCCCCGCCAAACAGCACCAGCAGCCCGUUGGUCACCGGCCGGGGUUUACCUCGCCGCCUGCUCCGCCCCUCCUCCAGCUUCAACAUUGGCACUUCUCCAAGGACACAGACCCCCCUGACCCAGGACGUCCCCUCUCAGCGCCGCCCCUCCCCCACAGGCUCACCAGGACUCCCUCCGUCCUCCUCCGGCCUCUGCCCCUCCUCCACCCCGCAAACGGCGCCUGACGGCGGUGGAAGGGUGACUCACGAGCAGUUUAAGGAGGCGUUGCAGAUGGUGGUGGACCCAGGAGACCCGAGGACUGCUCUGGAGAACUUUGUGAAGAUCGGGGAGGGGUCCACGGGGGUGGUGUGCAUCGCCCGGGAGAGACACAGUGGGCGGCAGGUGGCGGUGAAGAUGAUGGACCUGAGGAAGCAGCAGCGACGAGAGCUGCUCUUCAACGAGGUGGUGAUCAUGAGGGACUACAGGCAUCAGAACGUGGUGGAGAUGUUCCGCAGCGCUCUGGUGGAGGAGGAGCUCUGGGUAAUAAUGGAGUACCUGCAGGGCGGCGCUCUCACGCACAUCGUCAGUGAAACCAGGCUGAAUGAAGAGCAGACAGCGACGGUGUGUGAAGGCGUCCUGCAGGCGUUAUCUUACCUCCACGCUGAAGGAGUCAUUCACCGAGACAUCAAGAGUGACUCCAUCCUGCUGACACUGGACGGGAGGAUCAAACUGUCAGACUUUGGGUUCUGCGCUCAGAUCAGUAAAGACGUCCCAAAGAGGAAGUCUCUGGUCGGGACGCCGUACUGGAUGGCUCCUGAGGUGAUCUCCAAGAGACCGUACGGGACAGAGGUGGACAUCUGGUCUCUGGGCAUCAUGGUGGUGGAGAUGGUGGACGGAGAGCCGCCAUAUUUCAGUGACACGCCCAUCAACGCCAUGAAGAAGCUAAGAGACGAGGUAGCACCGAGUGUGAAGAACAUCCACCGGGUGUCUCCGGUGCUGAAGGACUUCGUGGACUGCAUGUUGACUCGUGACACGCAGCAGCGCUCCAGUGCCACUGACCUGCUGGAGCAUCUGUUCUUGCUGCAGGCGGGCACGCCGCGCUGCCUGGUGCCGCUGGUGGAGCAGCACCGCAAACGCAUGUCCCACUGCUGAACACCUGCUGAACACCUGGGAGAACACCUGAGGGAAGAGACUCAUCUGAGUUGAAUGUGAGGCUAACCUGAGACUCACCUGAGACUCACCUGAGACUUACCUGAGACUCACCUGAGACUCACCUGAGAUCAACCUGAGAUCAACCUGAGACUCACUUGAGACUCACCUGAGAUCAACCUGAGACUCACCUGAGACACACCUGAGAUCAACCUGAGACUCACCUGGGAUCAACCUGAGACUCACCUGAGAUCAACCUGAGACUCACUUGAGACUCACCUGAGAUCAACCUGAGACUCACCUGAGACACACCUGAGACUUACCUGAGAUCAACCUGAAACGUAGCUGAGACUCACCUGAGAUCAACCUGAGACUCACCUGAGACUCACCUGAGACUCACCUGAGACUUGCCUGAGACUCACCU